AUGUUAUUGAGAUUUGUGGCUGGUAGAAUUAAUAGAGCAAUUGAGACCCUUUUCGAUACGCCUAAUUAUAAGUGUUGGCCGAGUGUGAGAACUUUCAGUUUUGUACUGAAUUUGUUAGUGAAUACUAAACAAUUUGAUGUUGUUCAUAAGGUGUAUAUUCGUGCUUCUGAGUUGGGUGUUGAGAUUGAUGCUUGUUGUUUCAAUAUUAUCAUUAAAGGUUUGUGUCGUUAUGGGGAGAUAGAUGCUGCAUUUAAGGUGUUCGAUGAAUUUCCUAAGCAGAAAUGUCAACCCAAUGUGAGGACUUUUUCGACUAUAAUGCAUGCUUUGUGCGAGCGAGGUCGUGUUGAAGAGGCGUUGGGAUUGUUAGAGAGGAUGGAAAAGGAGAAUGUUGAACCAGAUGCUAUCGUGUUUAGCACGCUGAUUUCGGGGCUUAGGAAGCAACGGAGAAUUGAUGAGGGGAUUGAGGUGUUCAAGAAAGUAAUGCUGAAAGGUUGUGAUCCGAAUCCAGGGACAUAUCAGGAGGUGUUGUAUGCUUUGCUUGAUGCUAAAAGGUAUUUGGAGGAAAAAGAUUCUAUGGUUGUUAUGAUUGAUAAGAGGGUGAAUCCAAGUUUUGAGUCCUAUAAGCUGUUGAUACAUGGCCUUUGUAAUGGGAAACUUCUUGGCGAUUUAGACUGGGUGUUGAGGCAGAUGGUGAGACAUGGAUUUGUGCCAAGGAUGGGUAUGUGGAGGCAGAUUCUUGGUUGCUUGUUUCCCGAUGGAGAUUGUUGUACUACCUGUUCUUAUGAAGAAAUUCUUGCAGACUAA